GCCGCCGCCAGUCGAUUUCAAAUUCCGGCAAUGGACGUCGCCGCCCUACGCAGCCGUGCUCCGGUAGCUUUCGGAGUUGGCUGUGUAUCUCUUGCUGGUGCAAAGUUUUGUGGGUCUUCUUCUUCAUUAGCUCGAUCAAAACCCUUUGCUUGCUUAAGCAUUUCUACUGAUGCCAGUAUUAAGGAGGCUGUUCACACUGAAAAAGCUCCAGCAGCAUUGGGGCCAUACUCUCAAGCCAUCAAAGCCAAUAAUUUUGUUUUCGUCUCUGGAUGUCUGGGUCUUAUUCCAGAGACCGGGAAAUUUGUCUCAGAUAGUGUGGAGGAUCAAACAGAGCAGGUUCUUAAGAAUAUGGGGGAGAUACUUAAAGCAAGCGGCGUUAGCUACUCCUCAGUUGUUAAGACAACCAUCUUAUUAGCUGAUCUGAACGACUUCAAGAAAGUGAAUGAGAUUUAUGCGAAAUAUUUUCAAGCUCCUGCACCAGCUCGGGCAACUUAUCAGGUGGCAGCAUUGCCGAUGAAUGCAAAGAUUGAAGUCGAGUGCAUAGCAGCAUUAUGAUCCCUCCAUAACGUGUUCAUCUUCCAAUAAGGAGAAAGUCUUUCGACUACCCUGCCUAGAUUCUUAGAUUUAAUAAUCCGGGAGUUAGCUACUAGUUCAGGAACUCUUGUCUACCUUCUUUUGGCUACAACUUCCCGGAGCUGGGAAUUAACUUUAUCUAAGAACGUAUUGUAACUCAGCGGCCAUGAGUAUUGCAUGCGUUCGUGUUACACUAUUGUGAAGAAGAAACUUGGUGAUA